AAAAAAAAAAGAGAGAAGAAGACCACAGCAAACACCCACUAGAAGCCCUAGCCACCACCUUCUCCAUCAUUGAUCUCCUCUCCUUGGCCGCCGGCGGGACAGACCGUGGUUGUCGUCUUCAAGCGCUCUCUCUCUCUAUCUCUCUCUUUGUCUUUGUCCAAGCUCAAGGUCCCUCUUCGAGCUCUCUCGCCGUCGCUGCUUCUUCGCUCCUCGCCGUGGGUCAUUGUUGCUCCACUCCUCGCCGUGGGUCGUCGUUGCUCCACUCCUCGCCGUGGGUCGUCGUUGCUCCACUCCUCGCCGUGGGUCGUUGCUGCUCCCUCGCCGUUUUGGCUGUCGCCCCUUCUCUUCUCCUCUGAUUUUAGGUAACUCUGUCUCACACUCUCCAAGCUCAUUCUGUCUUCGCCAUUCAUCUUUUUUCCAACUAAUUUUGAAGAUUCUGAGCUGAGUCUCUGUUCUGAGUUUGAAACUGGAUUAUUUGUUUGAUUUGUUGAAUGUUAAACCAAACCUGCUAGGAUUAUUGAAUUGAAGACAAGCUAUUUGCGCCCUGUCACGGUAAACUAUACUUAUAAUUCAAUAGAAUAGGGCUUAUGGAAUGCCAGCAAUUUGGUGGAGUCAAUAGCCUCACUUCGUCGCGCUCUCAGUCUCUCACCUCGUCCCCUCACCUUGGUCGUCGUCGUGGUGCCGUGCCCCUGCGUUCGGUUCGUCGGCGGCAGAAGCAGACGGAACCAGUCAAGCAGCAACUGCUCCCUCGGGUGGUGGUCAUCGUCAGUCGUCAUCUUGUGUCGCGCCAGUCGCGGUGUUCUGACCAGUCAAUCAGAUGCAAGAUGAAAGCGAGGGUUGUUUGUAGGAAAAUCUAUGAUUACAUACGCUAUGAUCUCAAAGAGAUUGCUUUCCCAUCGUCUUUGCCUGACCCUCCUAACAUUAAAAAGCGUCGCAAAUUGACCUGGGACCAGCGUAUUUGGGUUUUAAAGAGAGCUGCUAGGCUUUAUGCCGCAAGCUGGGUUCGCGACAUUGGUCCUGAUCUUCGGCCAGCACAUUAUAAGAAGGAUGAAAUGAUCGAAGAACCCAAUGAUGAAAAGAAACCUGCUAAAGGAAGAGAGCCUUCAACACUGGAGGAUCUUGCUGUAGCCGCCAGAGGUGGAAUGGAGACUCUCAGACCUGCCUUGCAGCGCGUGUACAUGACCAGAGCUUCUGCAUACAGAGAUGCUCUUAAAAGCUUCAUAGUAGGUUACCAAGAAGGUGUUCAACAAGUAAUGGAAAAGAAAGAAGAUUCCAAAAGUCAAGAAGAUGCUGAUGUGCCCAAAAAAUCAACUUGAAAUUUCUUGUGUCGAGCAGCAGCAGCAUCAACAACAACAAAGCUUGGUCGACUACAUAGAUCAAACCACGUCAUUGACCUCUAUCAUGUAUCAAGUCAUAAUGAGUUUGUUUACGCAUAGAAUUUUUUGACCACCUCAAGUAUAGUAAAUUUCUUGUAUCAAGCAAUGCUAUUUUUCACUCUUAUUUAAACACAACUUUGCAGAAGUUGCCAACUUUAUCUUGAACUAAAGGUUUUGAUGUACAAAGUACAUUGUACUGAACAGAUAUAAUUGAGCAUUCCAAAAUAGUGAAAUGCUUGAUUGGACACUUAUACCCUUCAUAUUCUACAGUACACUCCUACCAAAAUAAUCUUGCUAUCA